GGAACGCAAUUUCCGCGAGUGCGGUUUUCCCGCCGGAGUCAGGCUCAGCGACAGCCGUCCCUAUUGCGCAGGCGCAGUGCCACCUACAGAGCAUGGAAGUGGUGGGUCUUUUGUGUUUGGCGGCGGCGGUCCUAGCAUGGGGUUUCCUGUGGGUUUGGGACUCCUCGGAACGAAAGAAGAGUCAGGAGCAGGCUAGCCUGCUGGGAGGCGGAAGCCGGACCCUCCUGGUGAUCGCGCACCCCGACGAUGAAGCCAUGUUCUUCGCCCCCACUGUGCUGGGCUUGGCCCGCCUGAGGCACCGGCUGUCCCUGCUCUGCUUCUCCGCAGGAAAUUACUACAAUCAAGGAGAGAUUCGUAAGAAAGAACUUUUGCAGAGCUGUGAUGUUUUGGGGAUUCCACCCUCCAGUGUAAUGGUUAUUGACAACAGGGAUUUCCCAGAUGACCCAGGUGUGCAGUGGGACACAGAGCAUGUGGCCAGCGUCCUCCUCUGGCACAUAGAAGAGAAUGGCAUCAACCUGGUGGUGACUUUUGAUGCCGGGGGAGUGAGUGGUCACAGCAAUCACGUUGCUCUGUAUGCGGCCGUGAGGACCCUGCACUCAGAAGGGAAGUUACCUAAAGGGUGCUCUGUGCUCACGCUUCAGUCUGUGAAUGUGCUGCGCAAGUAUAUCUCCCUUCUGGACCUGCCCUUUUCUCUGCUUCAUACCCAGGAUGUCCUCUUCAUGCUCACCAGCAAAGAAGUGGCACAAGCUAAGAGAGCCAUGUCCUGCCACCGCAGCCAGCUCCUCUGGUUCCGCCGCCUCUAUGUGCUCUUCUCCCGCUACAUGAGGAUCAACUCGCUGAGCUUCCUCUGAAGCCCUGAAGAGUUUUCAGACCUGAGGAACAAAAGGAGAAGAAAGACCAGGAAGCCCAGGGACCUGUCCUGGAGGUAGUGCUGGCUUAUCUCCCUGAGCCAAAGGAGAUCCCAGCAUAGGGUGGCCUCCCAGAGCUCGCCUCCCAGAGCUCUGCUCAUCCACAUGGUCAGACUCUAAUGAAAGGGAGGCCAUGCAGGACAACGGGCUGUCCAAACUUCCGUCUCUUCCUCUGGG